GGGAUUUGACAGAUGUUCAUGAGCAUAAGCCGCUCCGUUCAUAGCUGAGCUGAGAGGGUUUUGGAGCGGGCGGAUUUAUCGAGGGUGAAAAUGUCUGUGGAUAAAGCGGCGAAUCCUUGUAAUAAGUUUCAAGCGAAUAUUUUUAAUAAAAACAAAUGUCAGAACUGCUUCAAACCUCGGGAGCUGCAUCUCAUGUCCGACGAUGAGAGGGAACAGGCCAAGCCCAUAUACGGAGGCUGGCUCUGUCUGGCCCCAGAAGGGACAGACUUCGACAACCCGGCCCAGAGAUCUCGGAAAUGGCAGAGAAGAUUCUUCAUCCUCUAUGAAAAUGGAAACCUCUCAUUUGCCCUGGAUGAACUGAUGAGCACCCUCCCCCAGGGCACGGUGGAUAUGACCUCGUGCACGGCGGUGGUGGACGCCGAGCCGCUGACGGGCCAGAGGAACGCGCUGCGCCUGGCCACGCCCCAGCAGGACCUCUUUAUCAGGGGGGAGAGCCGCGAGAUGAUCAGCGGGUGGUGCGAGCAGAUCGCUGGGAUUCAACGCAACAACCAGCACCGCAGCUCCAGGAAACACAGCGUGGGCCGCGACCCAGCCCAGGAAGCCUGUCCAGCAAAGAUGGCCACCCCCGGGUCGUGUCUACUGGAGGGAGUAGGAAGCCAGCCCACUGAGCCUGGGGCUGGCCUGAGGAAGGCUGCCAAGCUAGGAGGGGGGCGGAGCUGGACAGGCUCAGACACGGGUCCCUUGGGCCCCAGCCAACCCUCCUCAGGCAACAAGCUGCAGUGCCCCGCCACUACCAGCAGGGGGCGAUCUUCUUCGGCCGGUACCGAGGUCAAACCCGCGACGCGUUGGAGGGGCGCGGCAAGCGCCUCACCGAAACGCGACCGGCCGGCCAACGACAGAAGACUGGACCAGAUGCAGAAGGCGAACCAGGAGACGGCGUGUCCCACGGCAACGGACACGAAGCUUGAAGGGGACCAAUUAGAGUCCAGGAUGGGUAGAGGCGAAGCUCGUGUUAACAAACGUGAGAAGACCCAGCCCUGUGGAGUCGGAUCCCAUGUCUCCAUCAUGCAGCGCAGAGCCAAGUCCCUGGACCGCAGGACUUUAGACGCCAUUAAGACUCCUGAUUUACUGAACUUCAAGAAGGGUUGGAUGGUGAAGCUGGAGCAGGACCAGUGGAGGAAGUUCUGGUUUGUGUUGUCAGCCGACAGCCUCAGAUACUACAGGGACUCCAUCGCUGAAGAGGUAUUCUGGGCCUUUGACCUCCAAGGAGAGAUUAACCUCACCAAAUGCUACGAGGUGUCCGAGUACCAAGUGCUCAGGAACUACGGCUUCCAGAUCCACACCCGGAGAGGCGUCCACACGCUGUCCGCCAUGACGGCUGGGAUACGCAAGAACUGGAUACAAGCACUGAUGAAGAACGUCAGCCAUGCCCAUGCUCCUAAAGUAGUGAGUUUUCCAGGAAUCCACUUCCCGACCGAGGCUCUCCCCAAGCCUGACGUCACCCACGACUCGCCCUUCAAGGGGCCCAGAGAGGAGGCCCCGCACCACAAAGACACCCCCAAGAACCUGCAGGACAGACGGAGGGACGAUGGCGGCAAGGCCUCGGACUGGACUGAGUUCAGACCGCUGAGUGAGUCCAGCCUGGAGCUGGAGAUCCGGAGUGGGGAGCCGGGCUCCCCGGAUACACUGAACCAGGAGAGGAAGAAGAGGCGCCAGCAGAGGAGGAAGAGGUACGAGAGCAUCCUGGGCGUCGCUCAGUCCCGAGAGACGGCAGGAGACGAGGGAGUAGGGGGCCGGGAGCUGGACCCCCCUGGGGGAACCUCUGGGCCCCAGCAGAUUUUGGUGGAGGAGGAGGAUAUGGAGAAAUUCUGGAUACAGGUGGAGAGAACUACCUUUAGGGUGGAGAGGGUGGUGCCGCUGUUCCCCGAGGCCGCAGACGAGGACACGGUGGAGCUGCAGAGGCUCAUGGAGACCUACCGGCAGGGGGUUGAGGAUCUGAAGUGUUGUCUGGAAGAAUCUGAUUGCCGGAGGCUGGAGUUGGAAGCUCAGUUGAGAACAACAGGAUUUUCCCAUCAGGAGACAUGCCCAAUGAUGGACUCCACACUGAGCCCUGAGAAGGAGGGCGAUUCCUUGGGUAGACGUGGCUCCGUGCCACUGAGCGGCCACGCUCAGAGCCUGAAAAAACUGUACUUGGAGACGCGGGGUCUUCUCCAGCAGCAGAACGACAUAAGGCAGAGCAUGCAGGAACAGCUCGGCAUUUCCCUGUCCCCGGUGGAGUCCCAGGGAUCUCCCCCAUCUCAGGCACCCAGCAUCUGGCUGCACGACACCAACGGCAACCAGCAGGAACUGGGGGGCCUCCAUCCUGUAUUCCCGUCCUCGCCAACCACAGCCGCACCGUCUCUGGUCUCUGACGAUGAGGUGUCACUGCUUCACUAUAACAGGGAAAGGCUCACUUCCAAUAUCCAAACCCACCUGGAUAGGGAAGCAUACCAGGAUGUAACCAGCUCUGACACGCAUACAAACAAAACCACAUGGGACGGAAAGGGUUUAGACCAAGAUCACCAGCAAACUCACAACUUAUUUGAGUCUCCUUGCGGCCAAGACGAGCCGACAGUCGCAAGACUUUUGCAGGAGGUUGAGCUGCUCAGAGGCCAGAACAAGGCCCUCCACCAGCACAACCAGGAGAUGCUGAACCAGCUGACAGAGGCCGACCGGGAGAUCGAGAGACUGAAGGCAGACGUCCGCCACCUCCCAGAGAUGGAGCGGUGGAGCAAGACGAGGGUGGCUCUCCUGGAGACGGAGCUGAACUCAAGGAACCAGGGACUCAUGGAGGCCAAGUUGCUGAUCGCCUCCCUGGAGCAACGUCUGAGCAAGGUGGAGUCCCAGGCGCUCAGAUCUGCCGCUCUCCAGGCUCCAACCAUCUCUGAGGACACCGACGAGAGCGGGGUGGAGGUUGACGAGCCCAUGGCGGACAGUGAAAGUAAGAGAUGCCUUCUGCGCUGUUUCGAGGCCACAGAGGCCAAGCUGAUAGAUCUGGAGCGGAAGCUCCACCAAUCAGAACAAAGCUGUAGCGAGCUGCGGUCCUGCAACGUGGAAAUGGAGGAGGCCUGGAGGACCUGGGGGCGGAGGACGGCGGAGUUGGAGGCUGAGCUGGCGAGGCUCAGCACAGAGUUGGAGAAAGAAAAGUCGUCAGAGAGACAGAAGAUUCCGGAUGAGGAACAAUUCCUGAAAGUUUCCGAGGGGACAGGGAUGGCAUCAAGAGAUCAGGGGAAACUAAUCAAAAUGAUAGACAGGUCUGAUGUAAGAUCAAUAGAAAGACAGCAAGAGGCAACAGAGUCUACGUUAGCCAGCUAUCUUCAGCGGGACGAAGACGAGUUAUGGGGGACAAUGCUCAUCAGGAUAAAGGCUGAUUCUUCACAAACCGCUGAGGACAAACUCCUCUGUGUUCUUCUGAUGGAGGUAACAGAACAUAGGUUGAUAGAGAGGAAACUGCUGCUUCUUGCCAAAGAUUUUCUGUUGGAAAAAGCUUCUUGUACAAGCAUAGGGGGGGCUAGCCUGGUGGAAAUAGAUGAGGGCACGUAUUCAAAUGGCACUGGGAGUUUGGUAACCCCAGAAAAUGAGAAUUGGUCUGACGUCACUGGCACAAUGGACAUAGCUAAACAUAUUGGGAACGACUUCUGCAUACAGCAGAACAUUUAUUUGCUGAACUUCAUCACCUCUAUUGAUAACUCCUCUACCAGUGACAAGCUGAAGCUCUUGGGUCAACGACUCUGUAAAUAUUACCGUUCAGGGCACCACUGGCUACACCGAGUCCAAUCUAGUGGGAAACUCAAUGAAAAUCAACAACAAGGACAGCUCAUCACCUCUCCUACCUGCACAAACUGUGUGAGCCUGGGGAAGGAAAACAAAGAGUUGAGGGCCGAGGUGUCCUUUCUGGAGAAAGAGAUUGAGAAGGCUUCAGCAGGCACUAAAACCCCCAGCACUAACCUUCUGGGUGAAAACAAGGAGUCACAAACACCUAGCAUCUGGCUGCUUGAUACCAGGUCCAACCUACAAAUGAUGGGGGAGUCCAAUCAUGAGGUUCCUUCAACGCUUAAUGCGGCCAAACCUUCUCCUGUCUCAGACCACGCCAUGGUAGAUAGAAUACAAAGCAUGGGAAGGUCUCAAGACAAGGGUCCCUCCUGGCAUGACAGCAAAGAGAGCUCAUAUCGGGAAGUGGGGAAUACUGAAAAGUCUAAUCAAGGCGGAGAUGUGGGCCUUGACAAGAAGGAAGAGGAGGUAGAGGACGAUGAGGAAGAAGGGGCCAAGGAGGGGAGGGUCGUAAGGCUGAGAGGACAAGUGGCGGAGCUGGAGCAGCAGCUGUGCCUUGUAGCCGAGGUGCUGAGAGCAGAGCAUGAGGGGAUUAUAGGUACUCUACGGCUGCAGCAUGAGAAGGAUGUGGAAACACUAAAGGCGGCUUGCGAGAGCGGCCUGUCCGCCCUGGAGGUGUCCCAGCAGAGGGCACUAGAGGGGGUCCGGCUCCACCACCAGGGGGAGCUGCAGCGUCUGGUAACGGAGCAAGACCGGCUCCUGGAGGAGGAGACCUCCGCCACGGUCACGGCCAUAGAAUCCAUGAAGAGGGCUUUCCAGCUGCAGCUGGACAGACAGACAGACAAGACUCACCAGGCUCGGCUCUCUGCUGACAACACACACCUGCAGGAAACACAGCGGCAGCACAGGGAGGAGCUGGAGGUUGUGGUCCAGCAGUUCUCCCUCCAGCGGCUGGAGAACAGUCUCCUCUCCCGGGCUCUGGAGGCAGAGCGGACCGCCCUCUGCCAGAGCGGCCAGGAGAACCGGGAGCUGAAGGAGAGGAACCAGGAGCUGAGCGGUCUCCUAGCAACAGAACUCAGCCGGCUGCGUUCCCGCUCCAAGCAGGAGGCGUCUCCGCUCGGACAGGGAGCCAGCGUGUUUGAGCAGGAGAUGUCCCUGCGAAUGAAGGAGUGGGAGAUCCAGGGUCUGAGGAGGGAGGUCUCCUCCCUCAGAGAGGAGCUGCUGCUCUCCCACAGUGACCAUAGCCUCGCAGUGCAACAGCAGACAGCAAGCUCCACAGAGCUGACUGUCUUGAAGGUUAGAUUCCAGGGAGACAUGGACGUCCUACAGGAGAACCUGCGACUGGCCCAUCGAGCCCUUGAGCAAACCAUACCAUGACCCCCCUCCCCACUCCCAACUUUAUUUAAACCCACCCAUUUAUACACCCUGUGUAUAAAUGACAUAGCUAAUGUUGUAGUCUUCAGGCCCCUUGAUCUCACUGAGUUCACUCUAUAGGAUUCCCCUCACAAGAGAGAUGAAGAUGGCUUAUUACUGUGUCUGUGUGUACUGUAUCUACUGUAUCUUCUGUAUCUACAGUUUUUACUGUGUAUCUACUGCCCUGGUCUAAUACGUGGUCUUGUAGAAAAAGUCUGGGCUCCUUUCUCAUCUCAGACGAUUUACUCGAGAUGGACGGUAACGAUGGCGUCAUGGUCCCGUCUCUCUUGAUACACUUUGGUUGCACAAGAGAGCCUAGAUGAAGUCCCUAACAAUGUGGGCAGGCCAAUCUGUGCUGCUUGAGCUGUGAUUGGGCAGAUUACCCUUGACCCGAGUCAAGGGGUGGAACGGGAGGCUUGAUGGACCAAUGGCUGGCCACCAUAGCAGAGAAACCACCGCAUUGGGUCAGCCUUCAUGACCUCAGCACUGAGCUUCUCUGGGACCAGAUGCAACCGUUAACUAAUUUAAUUGCACUAUUAGGAAUAUGAAAUAUUAUAUAUAUAUAUAUAUAUAUAUACAUGAAUAAUGAUCUACGAAGGAAAGACUAAUAGAUUAAUUAAAACUUGGUAUAAUACAUUAUAUGCACUAAUUGACAGUAUAUAGGCUAAUAUAAACUACUAUAUAGGCCGACUGAUGGAUGAGUUUUGCUCCAGAAUUAUGUAAAAAAAAAAAAAAGUGUAUUCGUGCAAACAUUAAAACCAUACUUUACCUUUUUUUAAUUAUCUUAUUCUCCAUGUUUGAAUUAAUCCAUAGGCUACUGUACAUAGCCUAUGGAUAGAUAGUGAUAGAUAUUUUUUUCUAUUUCUUCUGACAAAUGUACUUAUUGUGAGUCUCAUGUUUUUAAACCUAAUACAACAUAUCUUUAUAAGGUUUAUACAUUUCCAUAAAUUGUGCGUAAAAUUAAAUGUUCGAUGUUUGUUUCCUUAAUAAAUAACACAUUGGAAUACUAUCACCGAGUUAUCACUGCUCAAUCAAAUUCAUUAAGAUCACAUAAUAUGUGGGUGUGCGUGGAUCG